AUGCCGAAAGAUCCAGUACCGAAACCAUCGCGGUAUAAGAGGCGUAGGCGUAAGGCGUGUGAUUCAUGCUUCCGGAAAAAGAUACAAUGCGAUGCAGAGUCCCCACAGUGCAAUUGGUGCAAGCAUCAUAAUCUCGCUUGUACAUAUAGUAGAGUUGCGGAUACAGGAACAUGUCCUCGUACCAGAGAUCCAGGCCGGCAGUCCCCCUCCAAGAAGGCGAUAGAGACCCAUGUCGAUAAUCGUGUCUCGCAAAUUAGAGCCGGAAGCAUGGUCCAUUUUAACGGAAUUGCGAUUGAUCUAUUCUCCGAUACAGGCCGGAAAUGGAUCGAAUCACGAACAGGAGAAAAGGUCAACAUCGAGACGCUUGAACUUCCAUGGACAAAUACACAUCGAUUGUAUACUGAGUCCAGUAUCCCAAAACUUCCAAAUCGAUUAACCGUCGAGAAACUUGUGGAGAUGUACUGCUCGUCGCUCCAUAUUCCCGUCUUCCCCGUGAUCAGCAGGUCGCUCUUUACCAAGACAUUAGAUCUUGCCUACGGACCGGAGGCUGUGGGUUCAGCCAGUGCUAAAUCAUGCAUUUAUGCUUUCCUCUCUGUGGUGACGCAGUUUGGGCUUAAUGAUGAUAUACACGAAGCUAUGGAUUGUGGCUCUUAUGCUUCGGCUGCUCAGAGCUUCAUGGCUCAGAUCACGCAGGAGAUCACACUUGAUGGGCUACAGUCCUUGAUAAUGCUUGUCCAAUUUCAAUAUUUCCUAGGAGAUUUGCAAGCUGCUGCAGUCUCUGUGUCAAUCGCUACCAGACUACUAUACGCCUUCGGUGCUCAUGCACCACCUGAUCACUUCCAAUCAUACGAUAAAAGUAUACCAGAAUGCCACCUGCGCGAUCUCUUCUGGCUAUGCUAUUCAUUCGACAAGGAUAUCUGUCUAAGAACCGGACAACCGCCCUCAAUCCACGAUAUGUGUUGCGACCUCACUCUCCCAACAGGCUACGCACAGCUCCAAGACUCGAAUAUCCUACGAGAUACCUUAUCGAUCGAUGACCAUACUGUCCCGCUCUAUCCUUUCGACCUGCGUCUUUCACAGAUAAAGUCCGAAGCAUACCAAGCGCUUUACUCCGCCAGCGCGCGUCGCAAAGCAGAUACUAAGAUCUUGUCAGCUAUUCUAAAGCUGGACGAGGCGCUGGAGCAGUGGAGACUUUCCUUACAUUUGGACUUCCGUCCGACACUGUGGUUUUCACCUGAGACACCUGCUGUUGCGAUGAACACGCAGACAACCAUGUUGCGACUCGCGUACUACCAUUGCGUGACUAUCAUCCACCAAGCAAGUGAACGAUGCAAAUACCCUGAAGAACAUGGACCUGAACAUGAUGGAAUCCGUUCCAGUAUCAGCCUUACCAUCAAUGCCAGCCGGUCCACGCUCUCUUAUUUAAAAACUGCAUUGCCCGUAGUCAAGGGGGAGUGCUUCUGGGUUGUCCUUUUCUACGCUAUAACAGCCAUUCUCACCCUUUUCCGAAACAUCCUCCAUAACCCUCUCGACUCCGAGAUCAACCACCACAUGAAUAUACUCCAUGAAGUCCCUGAUUUGAUCCGCAGAAUUCCCAUCCGGAAGCUCACAUUGGGCGAAGUGAUCCACUUGCGAUUCCUAGAUGGGUUCGCCACCGAACUUGUGAGGUUAUGCGAGUGCGCAAUCGCCAAGGCACGACAAGACAGCACUCAAGUGUAA